CUGAAAUUUUUCGCGCUAAUUUAUUUUGCAGAUGAUGGACGAGGUACCGUAACAUCGACUUAUACAGCCGAAACACGUUUCAGUAAUAUUUCACCAGCUCGAACCUAUGAAUAUGCAAAAGGAACGCUAACAAAUUUACCGCACGAUGAACGUGGUGCUACGCCAACAACAUAUACAGAAACGAGAACAUUUGAAGCGCCGAAACCUGGCGUCGAAACACGUUUUGGUACUACCACAUCACCCGGAACACGCACCACCCGUGAACAGCAGCUGCAUGGCGAAUCACGUAGCUAUCCAUCUGUUGUCGAUACUCCUCGACCGUACACAUCACCGGCCGGGAAACGUCACGAAAUCAAAGAACGGGCGAAAUCCUACGAUCAACUGGAUAGCAGUGGUUUUGUAACGGAUAGUCGUAGCUAUGGUACCAAACCAUCGGGCGAAUAUCGUGACCUGGAAUCCAGUAGCUACAGUGUACGGCAGUACGGCACUGGUGAUAGCAAACAACAGCAACAAGCACCGCUACGGUAUUUCGGUGAGGAACCCGCAAAAUCGGGUGAGCGAGUAACAACAACUUAUGAACGUUAUCAUCAUCACUCACGUGAAAAUAUUCGAAGUGAUGAUAGUCGAGAACUACCGAUUUCUGGCGGUGAAUAUACCAGAAGUACGUUUGAUCCGGAGAAAUUUCGUUCCAAUGGACGCCUGAGACAUGAGAAAGAUUUACCGGAAACUCCCAAAGGGCCCGGUGCUGUCGCCGAUGUUUCAGCGGCUGCUGAAUCCUAUGAUCGAACCAAAUCUGAUAUUACAGCUGAUCGACAACAAAAAGCACCGUUCCAACGAAGUAAAGUACUGGAAAGAUCCGAAGAACUGGAACGCCUACCAAAAAGUUGGAAAUCAGUGGAAAAAAUUGAGCGUGAAUCUUCAUAUUACCGAGAAUCAACGGUGAAAACUAGCGGAAGAGUUGAUCUGGAUGAAACACGUCGAUAUCCGGAAGAGAGCCGAAAGAAAGGUAUCCGCCGAUUUCGCUAA